CUCCAGUUCGCGAUUCACACGACACACCACGCGGGACGCGUCCACCACCCACCCACGGUCUCUCCUUACCCGUUCACGAAUAUAAUGAUCCGCCAAGACGCCAGCGUCUUUUAAUUCGAUAUCAACAUAAAUUAUCCCCGACACUUGCCCGCAGUCAAGUACAGCAAUCCAGGCGCAAACCACACCCAGCCCGCCGACCAAUGCAGCCCUCAUAGACGAGCUUUCCUUCACGAAGUAGCUGGACGAGAACAGGCGACGCCGCCUUGCUGGAGGGCUCUUCGGAGCGGGACGAGCAGCUGCACGCUGCACACACCUUCGCCAUGGCGACGCACAACUUUGAGGCAAUGGCCUCGAAGCUCGACGACCCAAGCUCCGACAUCCGGGCGAAGGACAAGCUCGUGGUCGACAUCCGGGACAACAUUGAGAACUACUGCCAGGGCGCGCAGUAUGCGCAGUUUAUGAAUGCUCUGGUCCCAGCGUUCUUGAAGAUCCUCGACGGCAACCCGGUCUUCAUAUCCACAUCCCCGGAACAGCGGAUACGGAACUGCGUGCUCGAGAUCCUCCACCGACUCCCCAUGAACCCCGGCGAUGCGGUCGAGCCCCACGCAGCGAAGAUCGUAGACAAGCUCAUGAGCCUUGUGAAGCUCGAGAACGAGGACAAUGCGGUGCUGUGCAUGAAGACCAUUAUGGAUUUCCAGCGACACCAGACAAAAGCGCUGCAUGACCGCGUGCAGCCUUUCCUGGAUCUCAUCCAAGAAAUGUUCCAGACGAUGGAGCAGGCAGUACACGACACGUUCGACAACGCAACGCCUGCGCCAGCCUCGCAAGGCGUGCCCUCUACACCGAGCAACCAUCAGUACUCGCAGUCGCCGCGAUCGAACUCGCCCGCGACCGUCCUCACAUCUGGCUCUGCCGGCGAUCUUGGGCAGGAGGCGCAGCAGACGCGCAUGCUGCUGAAGGGCAUGCAGUCUUUCAAGGUGCUGGCCGAGUGCCCGAUCAUAGUGGUGUCGCUCUUCCAAGCAUAUAGGAACUGCGUGAAUAAGAACGUCAAGCUGUUUGUCCCGCUGAUCAAGGAUGUGCUUUUGCUGCAAGCCAAGCCGCAAGAGAAGGCGCACGAGGAGGCAAAGGCUCAGGGCAAGAUCUUCACAGGCGUUAGCAAGGACAUUCGCAAUCGCGCAGCAUUCGGCGACUUUAUCACAGCACAAGUGAAGACCAUGAGCUUCUUGGCCUACUUACUAAGGGUGUAUGCAAACCAGCUCAACGACUUCCUGCCAACUCUGCCGGACAUCGUCGUGCGACUGCUGAAAGAUUGUCCGCGGGAGAAGUCUGGCGCGCGCAAGGAGCUGCUAGUGGCGAUUAGGCACAUUAUCAACUUCAACUUUCGCAAGAUCUUCCUCAAGAAGAUCGACGAGCUACUGGAUGAGCGGACUUUGAUUGGCGAUGGCCUUACCGUGUACGAAACGAUGCGACCGCUCGCGUACAGCAUGCUCGCAGAUCUCAUACACCACCUGCGAGACUCACUAUCGAAGGAACAGAUCAGGCGCACAGUCGAAGUAUACACCAAAAACCUGCACGACAGCUUCCCAGGCACAAGCUUCCAGACCAUGAGCGCCAAGUUGCUCUUGAAUAUGGCUGAGUGCAUCGCAAAGCUGGAACCGAAAGAGGAUGCCCGAUACUUUCUGAUCAUGAUCCUCAACGCUAUUGGAGACAAGUUCGCGGCGAUGAACCGCCAGUACCACAACGCAGUCAAGCUGUCAGCGCAGUACAGCCAGCCUUCGAUCGAUGCCUCCGAUGAGAACCACAUGGCCGUGCAGGAACAGCCACCGGACUGGGACGAGAUCGACAUCUUCAACGCUACGCCUAUCAAGACAUCGAAUCCUCGAGACCGCAGCUCGGACCCGAUUGCCGACAAUAAGUUCUUGUUCAAGAACCUGCUGCACGGCCUGAAGAACCUUUUCUACCAGCUACGCGCCUGCAAUCCGGCAAAGAUCAAGGAGGAAAUCGAUGCUGCCAAUGCAUCGGCCAACUGGCAUGAGGUGUCCUUCGGAUACAACGCUGAAGAGGUCGAAGUCCUGAUCAAGCUUUUCCGCGAAGGUGCCAAGGUCUUCCGCUACUAUGGUACUGACAAGUCCGCAGAGACCCAAGGGUUAUCGCCUGGCGACCUUAUGGGCAAUCAACACAUGAUGUCCAGCGGCAAGGAGGAGAAGGAACUGCUUGAAACAUUUGCGACCGUCUUCCAUCACAUCGAUCCUGCGACUUUCCACGAAGUGUUUUCAUCCGAGAUACCCCAUUUGUACGAUAUGAUGUUCGACCACCCGGCGUUACUCCACGUUCCACAGUUUUUGCUCGCUUCCGAAGCAACGUCGCCCAGCUUCUCCGGCAUGCUACUUCAAUUCCUCAUGGACCGGAUAGAGGAAGUCGGCACGGCAGAUGUCAAGAAGUCAUCCAUCUUGCUGCGACUGUUCAAGCUCUCUUUCAUGGCAGUCACGCUCUUCUCGCAACAGAACGAGCAAGUCCUGUUACCGCACGUCAGCAAGAUCAUCACGAAGUCUAUUCAGCUGUCGACCACUGCCGAAGAGCCCAUGAACUACUUUUUGCUGCUCAGAUCGUUGUUCCGAAGUAUAGGUGGUGGUAGAUUCGAGCACCUGUACAAGGAGAUUCUCCCCUUGCUGGAAAUGCUGCUAGACGUUCUGAACAAUCUUCUGAUCACAGCUCGCAAGCCUGCUGAGCGUGACUUGUUUGUUGAGUUGUCGCUUACAGUACCGGCGCGACUGAGUAACCUUCUGCCGCACUUGAGCUACCUGAUGAGACCACUCGUCGUAGCUCUUCGCGCAGGAUCAGACCUGGUCGGACAGGGCCUCCGUACACUGGAGCUCUGCGUUGACAACCUCACCGCGGACUAUUUGGAUCCCAUCAUGGCACCAGUCAUCGACGAACUCAUGGCUGCGUUGUGGGAGCAUCUGAAGCCCAAUCCCUACAGCCAUUUCCACGCACACACUACAAUGCGCAUUCUGGGUAAGCUCGGAGGGCGGAAUCGGAAAUUCAUCACUGGCCCCCCAGAGCUCAAUUACCAGCCGUACUCUGACGAUCAGUCAUCCAUUGACAUCCGACUCAUUGGGUCCACCAAGGAUCGCGCCUUCCCGGCCGUCAUCGGCAUUGAAGCCGCUAUUGCCAAGCUUCACGAAGUCCCCAAGACACCGGCAACGAAGAAGUCGGAUAAUUUCCACAAGCAGCAGGCGUUCAGGCUCAUCACCGCUCAUGCCAAGCUAAUGAUCGGGUUCGACAGCUUACCGGACGACUUUGCGCAACUUGUUAGGCUCCAGGCGAAUGAUCUUUGCAGCAAUAAGCUCGACGUCGGAGCUGAUGUGCUGGCCGCUCCAGAUCGGGGAAAAUCGAUAUCGAAGAAGACCGUCGAACAAGAAACACUGAAGAAGCUACUGAAAGCCUGCAUCUUCGCUGUGUCGGUUCCAGAGCUCAAGGCUGACGCCGAGCCACUGGUCACGCAUCUUGCAAAGCACUUCACACUGUUGGAAUUCGGAAGUCAUCUGGCCGUCGCGAAACAUAAGAGCAAACCGUUCGAAGUUCAUCUGGGCGAGGGACCGGUCGUCGUAGCGAGCGAGGUGAUAGCAGACGCCAUUGGCGACUCGCUCGCAUCCGAACAUCCAGAUGUGCGCACCGCAGCCGAGCAGGCGAUAUUGACGAUGCGAGAUGCUGCCAUGGCGAUCUUCGGUAGCAAUGAUAAGCUCGACAAGUUUCCUUUCUUCAACGACCUGUCUAGUACGUUCUGCCACAAUUGCCAUGCAGACGACUGGUUCAUGAAGUCUGGUGGCACUCGGGGUAUCGAGAUCAUCAUCAAGAAGUCUGGUCUCGAUUCAACUUGGAUGACGGCACGCCACUUCGAGCUCGUUCGAGCUUUGAAUUUCGUCAUGAAAGACAUGCCGAUCGAUCUUGACUCAAAGACACGCAUCCAAGCUGAGGGACUCAUCGAAGACCUCAUCCGCCAAUGCCACAAGACUACGACAAAGGAGGAGUUCGAGGGGGGCGGUAACAUCACCAUGAGACUCUGCGGGCAGCUUGUUGGUGACCUGUCGCACAUGAACAGGAACGUCCGCGAGGCAACGCAGAAAGCGUUCCAGGUCCUUUCUGAAGUUACGGGCCUUGGUGUGCAUGAGCUCAUCGCGCCGGUCAAGAAUCGAUUGAUCGUACCCAUUUGGACCAAGCCCCUGCGCGCAUUACCGUUCAGCAUCCAGAUCGCUUACAUCGACGCCAUCACUUUCUGCCUGAAGCUCAAGAACGGCAUCCUGGAGUUCAACGAUGAGCUGACGAGGUUGCUGAUGGAAUCUCUUGCUCUUGCUGAUGCGGAAGACGAGGGUCUUGCCAGCAAACCUUUCGAGCAGCGCAAUGCAGAGCACAUUGUGAACCUACGUGUGGCUUGCAUUCGCCUUCUAUCAACCGCUCAGAGUUUCCCUGAGUUCAGCACAACCCCGCCGAACCAAACGUUCCUGCGUAUCAUCGCUGUCUUCUUCAAGUGCCUCUACUCGAAGUCGCCAGAAGUCAUCGAAGCUGCAAACGUUGGACUGUCAGGGGUCAUUUCGGCGACGAAUAAGCUUCCCAAGGACGUGUUGCAGUCAGGACUUAGGCCCAUAUUGGUGAACCUGCAGGAUCCUAGGAAGCUCUCGGUGGAGAACUUGGACGGUCUCGCUCGCCUCCUGAAGCUGCUCACGAAUUACUUCAAGGUUGAGAUCGGAACCCGUCUUCUGGACCAUCUUAAGAGCAUUGCGGACCAGAACAGCCUGCAAAAGAUCUCCUUCACGAUGAUCGAGCAGAACCCCAAGAUGAAGAUUGUCACUGGCAUCUUCAAUAUCUUCCAUCUGCUUCCUCCGGCAGCUGCCACCUUCCUCAAGCAAAUUAUCGAGAAGGUCAUCGAACUCGAGAGCAGCCUAAGAAGGACACACUACAGUCCCUUCAGGGAGCCUCUCAUCAAAUACCUCUGCAUGUACCCGAGCGACACCUGGACACAUUUUGCGCCAAAUCUUAAGGAUCAGACACAGGGACGCUUUUUUGCACAGCUGCUCGAGAAUCCCGAAAGUGGCGCAUUGCGAAUGCAAGUCUCGGAAGAUGUGCCUGGCUUUCUGCAAUCAUUCCAGUUUGAGGGAGAGGAUAAGGACAUUUGCCAGGCUCAGCUCAACGCCAUCCAUAUUGCGUACGCCCUUAGCCAGUUCGAAGAGACCAGCAAAUGGCUCGCGACACACGACGAUCUACGCAAGGGUUUGUUCGAGGCGGGCAGGUCCCUCGAGAAGAAGCUCCGUCAGAACCUCAUCGACCCCGAGCUCCGGCUGGCGACAGAGCAGGCUGGUGACCAGAUUAUGUUCAUCUUCACGACAUACCUCAAGCACGAGCCCGACAACCUGGACUUUUUCUUCGAGUUGAUUGAUACGAUGACGUCCGAGGAAUUGCAGGCCUCGCCGCGUCUAUUCGAUUACAUCUACAAGCAGAUCAUCUCCAGCGAAUCUGUUGAAUACUGGAAAACCCUCAUUAACAGGUGUAUUGACCUCUACACAUCCCGCAGCUCCUCGCAAAAGACGAAAACUUUCAUCUUCCACAAUAUCGUCAACCCUAUCUUUGCUAUGGAUGUCAAGCGCAAUUGGAACAGCCUGUUCGACCAGAAGACUGAAGGGACGAAGUUGAUGGACAAAAGUAUGACCGAGACUAUUCACAAGAGGCUGUGGCUGCCGCAAUCCCUUACAGAUACAUCAGAAGAGACAGCCCAGCUUGGUGUUGAUCACUCGAGAAUGGAGCUGCUCCAGCUGACAACUCUGUUGCUCAAGUACUACUCUGGCAUGAUCGAGGAGUUCCGAAAGGACGUCAUCAAGUUUGGCUGGAACUACAUCAAGCUCGAAGACAUCAUCAACAAAUACGCCGCAUAUGUCCUCGUGGCCUUCUUCAUCGCUGUGUACGAGACGCCGAAGAAGAUCGCUGCACACACCUACCAAUCGUUGCUCAAGGCGCAUCAGAAUGAGGGUCGCAGUCUGGUUAUGCAGGCGCUCGAGCUCAUGGCACCCGUGCUGCGCAAGCGCAUGGGCGGUGUCGAGAGGAUGCCGCUCUGGAUUCAGCAUCCUCGCAAGAUAUUAGCUGAGGAAAGCUCGAAUCUGCAGCAACUGAUGAGCAUCUUCAACUUCGUGGUUCGCCACCCAGAUCUCUUCUAUGAGGGCCGCGAACACCUUUCGCCCAUCAUCAUCACCGCGCUCUCGAAGAUCGCACAGCCUCCCAAUCCUUCGACUGAUGCGAAGAAGCUUGCUCUCAACCUGAUUAGUCUGAUCAGGACUUGGGAAGAGCGCACGGCGACUGAGACCGCUGCGGGCGUCGAGCGACCAUCAUCGUCCCCUUCGGCUUCCAAGAGGAAAGCAGAUGGAACUGUUGUUCCUUCUGGCCCACAAUCAAAGGAGUUCGUUGCUCAGGCAUCGAUUCGUAUGGGACUCAUCAAGUACCUCAUCCAGUUCAUCGCCUAUCUGCCCGAGCGCUUCCCUGUCAACUCACCCAAGUUGAAGGACCUCGCUGUCGCACCAACAAACACGCCCCUGCCUGCUGAGAUCUGUCGCAAGGCCGUUCAAUUGCUGCAUGAUCUACUCUCGCCUCGUCUGUGGAACGACCUUGAUCUCGAUUUUAUGCUUUCGAAGAAGAUUGAGGAGAUUCUUCUCGCUGACAUGAAGCAAGAUGAUAAGGCGGAGGUCUUCAACACUAGGAUGAUCAACACACUUCAGAUUGUCAAGGUCAUCGUCAACGUCAAAUCAGACGACUGGGUGCUGCAACGCAUCCCGGUUUUCCAGAAGAUCUUGGACAAGCCUAUUCGUUCCGAGAACGCAGACGUUCAGGCCGGCCUUCAUGCGGUGGAUGAGAACGAAGAUGGGACCAUAAAGCUACAGCCGACAUUGAAGCGCAUCCUAGAAGUCAUGCCGGAGCCCGUCACCGACGAAGAAGGCAAUACCGAAGAAUCGACAUCGACAGAGUUCGUCAAUUUCCUGGGUACGGUUGCGACAGAAGCGCUUUCAAACGGGUCCUACAUCUGCGCAAUCAACAUUUUAUGGACUCUUUGCCAGAGACGACCGGAGGAGAUCGAUCAACACAUCCCGCAGGUCAUGAAGGCCUUCCAGGGCAAGAUGGCCAAGGAUCACCUCGCCGGCCACAGUGGUGCUCCGGGACAAGCUGUGCCACCAAACAUGCGCCCCGAGGCAGCCAAUCCGCCCACAGACCCUCGCGAGAUCGAGAUUCAGACAGAUCUUGUUCUGAAGACUGUCGAUAUUCUUGCAGCUCGAAUGAAUGAGCUCGGUGAGAACCGGAGGCCAUAUCUCAGCGUCCUUGCUUCACUGGUCGAGCGUUCUCAAGUUAACUCGGUGUGUAUGAAGGUCCUCGAUCUGGUUGAGGAUUGGAUCUUCCACUCUAACGAGCCGGUUCCGACACUUAAGGAGAAGACGGCGGUGCUCAGCAAGAUGCUGCUCUUCGAACACCGUCAGGAUACGUCGCUGCUCACUCGCUUCCUGGACCUGGUCAUUCGCAUCUACGAGGAUCCCAAGAUCACACGGAGCGAGCUCACUGUCAGGAUGGAGCACGCCUUCCUUAUCGGCACCAGGGCGCAAGACGUGGAGAUGCGCAACCGGUAUAUGGCUAUCUUCGACAAGAGCUUGAGUCGCACAGCAGCUAGUCGAUUGAGCUAUGUGCUGGCGUCACAGAACUGGGACACUUUGUCCGACUCAUACUGGCUGAGCCAGGUCAUUCACCUCAUGUUUGGUUCAAUCGAGAUGAACAGCCCGGUGGAGCUGCACGAAGAGGACUUCAAGCUCAUGCUGCCUUCCACCUUGUACAAUACCUACAGCAAAGACACCAGGGUUGGAGACGUCAUGAUUGAUGAUGACCUCGAGAGUCUUGUAAGUAGCCAUCGACGCUUUGUCACACAACUCGGGGAUGUUAAGGUCAAGGAUAUCUUCGAACCUCUUGGACAUCUGCAGCACACAGACAACAACCUCGCACACGAUAUCUGGGUUGCAUUCUUCCCCUUAGCUUGGACGGCUUUGACAAAGGACGACCAGAGUGAUCUUGAAAAGGGCAUGGCUGCGCUACUCACCAAGGACUUCCACAACAGGCAGCUCGAUAAGCGGCCCAACUGCGUUGCUACCAUGCUCGAUGCUAUUGUACACGCAAAGCCAAGGGUCAAGUUUCCCCCUCACAUCAUGAAGUACUUGGCCCAGACGUACAAUGCUUGGUACACCGCUGCGGUGUACAUGGAGGAGUCGGCCAUCUCUCCUGUCGUGGAUGUCGAGAAACUGAGAGAGAGCAACCUUGAUGCUCUUUUGGAAGUGUACAGCGGCCUGCAGGAAGACGACUUAUUUUACGGUACUUGGCGCAGGAGAUGUCAGUUCCUGGAGAGCAAUGCCGCGCUCAGUUACGAACAGUGCGGUAUAUGGGACAAAGCCCAGCAGAUGUACGAAGCAGCGCAGAUCAAGGCCCGAACAUCGGUGCUGCCAUUCUCCACAGGAGAGUAUAUGCUCUGGGAGGACCACUGGGUAAUUUGUGCCCAGAAGCUUCAACAGUGGGAGAUUCUCAGUGACUUCGCCAAGCACGAGAAUUUCAACGAUUUGUAUCUGGAGUCCACGUGGAGGAGCUUCGAAGCCUGGCAGAACGCCGAGACCCGCGAGCAGCUCGACACAACCAUCAAAGCGGUCAGCGACGCGCCAACACCCCGACGCGUCUUCUUCCAGACUUUCAUGUCGCUGCUCAAAUUGCACGCCAAGCAGGAAUCUCCGCCAGAGUUCCACAGGCUCUGCGAUGAGUCAAUCCAGCUCUCCAUCCGCAAGUGGCACCAGCUUCCUUCUCGCAUUACGCAGGCACAUAUUCCGCUCUUGCAACACUUCCAGCAAUUGGUGGAGCUGCACGAUGCCAGUGUCAUAUGCCAGAGCCUGGCUCAGACAACACAGGCCAAUCUCGACAUGAAGUCUCAAGAGCUCAAGCUGCUUCUUAGUACCUGGCGCGAUCGCCUGCCAAACUUCUGGGACGACAUCAACGCAUGGCAGGACCUUGUCACUUGGCGACAGCACAUCUUCCAGUUGAUUAACGGCGUCUAUCUCAAUCUCCUGCCUCCAAACCAGAACAAUGCUAGCGGCAACAGCUUUGCGUACCGAGGCUACCACGAGACGGCAUGGAUUAUUAAUCGCUUUGCACACGUCGCACGGAAGCACAGCCUGCCAGAAGUCUGCAUCAACCAGCUAGGUAGAAUCUACACCCUCCCCAACAUUGAGAUUCAAGAGGCUUUCCUCAAGCUGCGCGAACAGGCCAAGUGCCAUUACCAGAUCCGCGCGGAUCUGAACAGCGGGCUCGAUGUGAUCAAUAAUACCAAUCUUAAUUAUUUUGGUCCCCAGCAGAAGGCAGAGUUCUACACGCUCAAGGGUAUGUUCCUUGCCAAGCUCGGUCAGAAGGGCGAGGCAGGCGAGGCGUUCGGUACUGCGCUGUACUUCGACAUCAAGCUACCCAAGGCAUGGGCCGAGUGGGGACGUUACAAUGACAUGCUUUUCAAGGAGGAGCCGCAGAAUCUGGAACGUGCCGAAGCAGCGCUCAGUUGCUAUCUGGAGGCUGCCAGCCAGUUCAAGAAUGCGAAGAGCAGGAAGUUGUUGGGCCGUGUGCUCUGGCUGCUCAGUUUGGACAAUCCGGAACGCAGAUUGGCCGAGAAGUUCGAGGAGUUCAAGGGCGACACACCGGCGUGGUACUGGAUCACUUACAUCCCGCAAUUGCUCAAUAGUCUCUCGCGGCAAGAGGCGCCCAUUGCCAGGUCCAUACUUGGCAAGUUGGCGAAGACGUACCCGCAGGCGUUGUACUGCCAUCUCAGGACGACGCGCGAGGAUAUGGUCGUGCUCAAGAAACAGCACGAGCAGAAGGAGGCCAAGGAGAAGGCUGCACGCGCUGCAAAGGCUACACAGCAAGGAAACCAGUCAUCCCCGGCACCCAAGCAAGGCUCGCCUGAUGCACGACCCGGCUCAAGCGGCAACCAGAAUGCUGCUACCAACGGCGACGCUAAGCCUGCGGUUCAGACAAGCACACCGGGCGGCACCAUCAAGACCGAGGGCAACGCACAAGGUAGCCCUGCCGUCAAUGGCGCAUCGACUGUUGAGGUUACGCCACCUGCACCGAAGAAGCCUUGGGAUCACGUCGAGGAGAUCAGUGCGAUCCUCAAGACGGCAUUCCCGCUGCUGGCUCUGUCUAUGGAGACAAUGCUCGAUCAGAUCCACAAGAAUUUCAAGUGCCCUCCUGAUGAGGACGCUUACCGACUGAUCGUUGCGUUGUUGAACGACGGUCUCAGCUACGUCGGACGUCAACCUACGCUCUAUGCUCGCGACACGAAGCUCCCAUCUUCUACCGAGGGCAACAUCACCCGUUUCGCCGAGUCCGUACUCCCAGCGCACAUCAGGAAAUCGUUUGAGUCAGACUUCAUUAAGGAUAAGCCUACUAUGUACGAGUAUAUCCAGAAGCUGCGCAUAUGGAGGAACCGGUUUGAGGAGCGCCUCGAUCGCAGGAGGAUCGUCGUUCCCCUCGAACAAUACACGCACCAGCUUAGUGAGUUCCGGUUUCUCAAGUUCGAUGAUGUCGAGGUUCCAGGACAGUACUUGCUGCACCGAGACAAGAACUCUGACUUCGUGCGCAUCGAGCGCUUCCUCUCUGAUGUUGAGCUUGUUCGCGGCGUUGGCGUUUGCCAUCGUAGGAUCAAGAUCCGUGGUCACGAUGGUAGCACUCAUGCUUUCGCUAUCCAGUUCCCGACUGCGAGGAGCUCAAGGAGGGAAGAGCGCAUCAUCCAGCUGUUCCGCAUCUUCAAUGGUAUCCUGUCGAAGCGAAAGGAGAGUCGCAGGAGGAAUCUGCAGUUCCAUUUACCCCUCAUGGUGCCGAUCACGCCUAGUGUGCGACUUAUUCAGGACGAUCCGAGUGUGAUGAAUCUGCAGGGCAUCUACGAGGAUUACUGCAGGAAGAACGGAGUCAACAAGGACGAGCCCAUCCUGUUCAGCAUUGAUAAGCUCCGGGCGCUACAACCUAAGAACCUUGACCACGCCAAUAGCAUCCGCCUCGAAACUUUCUCCGCAGUCCAAGAGAAAUACGUGCCCAAUACUGUCGUCCAGGACUACUUCCGCGCAACCUUCCCCUCCUUCGACGACUUCUGGCUCUUCCGUCGCACCUUCAGCUACCACCUCGCAGCCCUGACUUUCAUGACGUACGUCAUGCACAUGAACACGCGUUUCCCGCACAAGCUGCUCAUCUCACGCUCUACGGGCCGCGUCUGGGGUUCAGAACUGAUUCCCAGCAUGGCAGUCGGCAAACCUAUCCUACACAACAGCGAGCCCGUGCCCUUCCGCCUCACGCCCAAUCUGCAAGUCAUGCUGGGGCCCCUCAAUCUCGAAGGCAUCUUCGCGCCGGCGGUCAUGACCGUCGCCCGCUGUCUCAUCGAGCCCGAAGGCGAGCUGGAAAUGCAGCUCAGUAUUUUCAUGCGCGACGAGAUGAAUCACUGGUUCACGAGUCAACAUAAGAUAUCUGCGCUCACGCCGGAUGUGCUGCGCGAUAGUGUGCAGCAGAACUCCGACCUCGUGGUCAAGAGAGCGAGUAGCAUCGGCAGCCAGCCGAGCGGCGCGAACCUGCCCGCGAAUCAGACCAUGGUCGAUCUUGUGAGCGUUGCGGUGCAUCCGCAGAAGUUGGCCAUGACGGAUCCGCUGUGGAUGGCCUAUCUGUAGGCGAUUUUUCUGAGCAGGGGAGUUUGGGGUGUCUGGCGUACUCAAAAAGGAGCGCGGUUGGUACUCGGGUUGGAUAAUUUUGCGUUGGGCUUUGGCCUGGCUUCGUUGGGGAUUCGAUAAGCAUUGGCGUCUUUUGGGCGUCGUUGGACGUGUCGUUGCUCCGGAUGGGCAGUGGACGUGGAGUUUUUGUAUCGUUGCGGUGCAGUAGUUAGUCCACACAAAGCAAACAUAAACAUCAAUAGUUUCC